AUUCCUCACUUUAACUUUGUCGUAGGUGCAUGUUUGUUUUUCCCGUCCGUUCAAGGUUUGUUUUAACCUCGAGGAAAAGUAUAUUGUACGUUAUACUGUUCAAUAUUUAAACAAGGAAUAAUUCAGCCAAUUACGCCAAGACUAAGUAUGAACGGAACUACUAAGAGAAUGGGAUUUUUUAACAUCGACUAUUAAUCUUCAAACAGUAAUUCUCUAACACAGUUUAGAACCUACGCAACGGAAAUAAUACAGAAGGACCUCCGUAAAGCUUAAAUCAUUGAGCAACAAACUCACAUAUAUACAAAUGAAACGAUACCAAAACAGGAUAACAUGUAUCAAGGACCGGACGUAAUAAUCCUCUCUUUAUUUUUUCAAAUAUUUAUGCAGGAAACAUAUAAAGUUCAGUAAUUGCAUUACACAUAUUAAACGUUUCGAUAACAUACGCUCUGGUAACCUUGUUUACUUCAGAUAUCGAAAUGAUGACAGUCAUCGAUCAUUUUUUUCACGACAAAAUGUAAUUAUAAUCUGUGAAAAACAAGGUUUGUCAUGCGAGAGAUUCAAUAUUAGCGAUAUAAAUUAGUAUCGAUCAAUUGGUCCAGUGACAGAAGACACAGAGCGGAUACAUAUAUCAUGUUUCGUAUCAUCAACAACACUUUACCGUUAGUUAUAAAUGAUUUGGUUUUAUUGCUCACGGACAUUUUAUAUAAUUCGUUUGAUUAUAGUAACCAAUUACAAUUUGGAAUCGACAUUUUGUGUUAUAUUCGUUGAGCUGAUUAGUGGUACCGUUCGACUGGUCUUAUUAACUCCGUAUCUGGUAUUUGAUUUAAUUAUGGCAGAUGGAAAUGCAGCAUCAGCAUCAGAAGCAGGUUGUCUUAAGGAUGGGGGGAAAACUGUAGUAAUUGCUUUUGAUGGGAGUGAUAACGCUAAGCAUGCAAUGAAAUUUUAUGCAGAUACAGUACACACAACAACAGAUAAUGUAAUAGUUGUAUAUUGUGUUGAACUGGGCGAUGUCAUUACGACAGCCCAUUUUUCUGUGGAUCAGGAAGCAUUCAAGGAGUUGAUUCAGCAUGAAUCAGACAAAAUAAAAAACAGAUUAGUAGAAUUUGCCAUGUAUAUGCGACAUAUUAAGCUAAACGGAAUAGUUAAAAGUACACAUGCAAGUACACCCGGGUUGGGUGUUGUCAACUUAGCCAACGAGUUUAAUGCUGAUUUGAUUGUGACCGGAAGCAGAGGACAGGGUACUUUACGGAGGACAUUUCUCGGAAGUGUUAGUGACUACAUUCUACAUCAUUCGAAGGUUCCUGUUUUGGUCGUAACACUUCAAAAGGAAGUCGAUGACAAACAUAGAACCUAACAUUCUGAUUGUUUUCCAAUUGAAUAGGUAACAAAGAUGAAUAUUCAAAUGUGAAACGUGCACUUAACAUGAAUCCUUGACAUCACGUAUAUUAACGCCUUAUCUUUUAAAUCAUAAUAGACCGUCGCAUUAUUCACAACAAAAUUGACUACUAUACUUAAUGUUUCAGUGGAAAACAAAAACAUUAUCGACAAUAAAUAAAUUAAAUAAUUACGCACUUUAAUUGGCAU